AUGGAUGAUGUAAGAACCUGUCAGAUCAUCAAUGACGGACUUCCAAAAUUUAUCGUUCCAAUUGAUUCUGCUAAAUGCAAUCAACACCAGGCGUUUCUCCGGUGCCAGGGAGCGUUCAAUGUGCCAGAAGAGAAACUUUGCAACGCUAUUAUCACAAGCUACAUUCAUUUUGUACACCCUCAGCUCCCAGUGGUGGACAUCCAUGACCUGUUACAAGCUCUAGCAACAAACGGUCGGGAUUGCAAGAUCAGUAUCCUUCUGUUUCAGUGUAUACUACUCUCAGGGUCUACUUUUGUGGAGAUGGAGCAUGUCACUGAAGCUGGUUUCGACUCUCGCAUGGGCCUAAGGAAGCAACUUGCUGAUCGAGCAAGAUUACUAUAUGAUUUCGAUUGCGAAACUGACCGUCUGGUCCUUGUUCAAUCUCUAACGCUCAUGACAUGCUGGCAAGAAGCUGGUGAUGAAGUCAAACACCUUCGACAUUGGAUAGGAAUUGCUUUCAAUAUUUCUGUUUUCAUUGGUCUCAAUAAAGAUCCCACUUCAGCUUCAAUACCAGUUCAGCGAAAGCAUUUGUGGAAACGUGUUUGGUGGUCCUGUUACAUGAAAGAUCAAAUGCUUGCUUUAGGGCUAAGGCAUCCACCAAUUAUAUCAGCAGAUGAAUGCGAGACCCCAGAUCUAGUUCUCGAGGAUUUUGACAUUCGGCCGCCCACGGCCGAUGUCUCAUCAGUAUUCAAGGACUGUGGACUUCUAUUCGACAUCGAUCAGCAGAACCAAUUAGCAAGCGUCUGUAUCGCACAACAGCAGCUUUGUCUUAAGCUUUCCAAAGUACUAAAAGCCCGUUAUGAAACUAUAGCUCCCAGACUUGGAUGCACAACCACAAGAACCCUAGUCUCUGUGCCGAGAACUUCGAUCACUAAUACGCCUGAAAUACAAAAUUGCGCCUCUGAACUCACAUCAUGGUAUAGGGAUCUUCCAAGUAUUUUGAGAUAUCAGGGGUCGUCAUCACUGCAAUUCGGGCCGGAGCAAGAUCUGCUAAUAUUUCACUGUGCUUUACUUAACCUACACUACUACACACUACUUUGUGUCCUCCAGCGACCCUGGCCAUCAGCAAUCUUGCGAGUGCUUCCAGCAUCGGAGAUCUGUUCACAGCGCAAAUCUCGCCUGGCUGCUAACGCGAUAUCAUCCAUCUUGAAAGAUCUUCAAGUUCUAGAGAUGGUCCAUCUCCUACCUACAUCCGGAAUCACAUCCAUUGUCCAAGCUGCGAUUGUUCAUAUGAGCGAUUCAACAACAGAGAUAGCAUCUCUGCGUGACCAAAGCAGGCAUCAGCUUGAGACCUGUCUGGGUUUCCUUGAUACACUUGUGGAGGUCCACAGCUAUUCGCUGUUUGCGAAAUCGUUUCUCGUUUCAGCCGCGGCGAAUUUGUAUCGCGAACCGAAGUACAUGGAGCAUUUGAAAACAUUUGGAGGGUCUGGAACCCAACAACACGAAUUCGGAGAAGGCAACAUUUUCACUCCAGGGUCAUUAAAGCUGACAUCAUUCUCUGACAUUCGCCCGUCUCUGGUUGACGCAACAAAUGACCAUCCCACAGUUUUCUUACCGAAGCAAAGUGCUGAUUCUCAGCCUGAUAUUCCAAGUGACCUGCUGGACUUGUUUGACUAUGGUCAAUUGGAAUUAGACCUUAGUCCGGACCUGUUCCUUAACCUGGGGCAGGCAGACUUCAGCAGCAUUGUGAACAAUUGA